AUGAUAGUCAUAUCCAUCUCUUCUUUUAACUUUGCCGCUUCCUUUGUAUCUUUUACGGUUAAAAGUACUACACUUAGCAAAGAAAGUCUAAAUGAAGAACUGGCCUUGCUCAACUGGAAAGCUAGCCUCCAAAACCAAAGCCAAUCUCGCCUUUCAUCAUGGGCCGGAACCAACCACUGUAGUUGGAUUGGAAUUUCCUGCAAUAAAGCUGGCCACGUGACAGGUAUUAAACUUACGGGCUAUGGUUUGAAAGGCACGCUUUCAAGUCUAAGCUUUUAUUCAUUUCCACAACUUCUUAGCAUUAAUCUCACAAAUAAUUCAAUCUAUGGAGUCAUUCCUACCCAUAUUGGAAUUAGUUCAAGACUCACCUAUCUCAGCCUGCACGAAAAUCUUCUUUCAGGGACAAUUCCACAGGAAAUAGGGAAGUUAAAAUCUCUUAUUGUUCUUGGACUUUCAUUCAACAAUCUCAUAGGUCACAUUCCCACUUCUUUAGGGGAAUUAGGAAAUCUCAAAACUCUUUACCUUCAUGGUAAUCAACUCUCUGGAUAUAUUCCACAAGAAAUUGGAAUACUAAAGUCUCUCAUUGAUCUUGAUCUUUCACUUAACAAUCUCACAGGUCUUAUUCCAACUUCUGUAGGAGAAUUGAGUAACCUCAAAACUCUUUACCUUUGGGGUAAUCAACUCUUUGGACCUAUUCCACAAGAAAUUGGAAGGCUAAGGUCUCUUACUGAUCUUGCUCUUUCAAAUAACAGUCUUAUUGGUCCUAUUCCAACUUCUUUAGCUGAAUUGGACAACCUUGAAACUUUUUACCUUCACAGCAAUCAACUCUCUGGACAAAUUCCACAAGAAAUUGGAAUGUUGAAGUCUCUCAUUACUCUUGUACUUGCAAAUAACAGUCUCAUUGGUCCCAUUCCAACUUCUUUAGCUGAAUUGGGCAACCUUGAAACUCUGUGCCUCAGUGGUAAUGAACUCUCUGGAUCUAUUCCACAAGAAAUUGGAAUGCUAAAAUCUCUCAUUGAUCUUGAACUUUCAAAGAACAAGCUCACAGGUCCCAUUCCAACUUCUUUAGGAGAAUUGAGCAACCUCAAAACUCUUUACCUUUGGAGUAAUCAACUCUUUGGACCUAUUCCACAAGAAAUUGGAAUGCUAAAGUCUCUCACUAAUCUAGCCUUUUCAAAUAAUAGUCUUACUGGUCCUAUUCCAAUUUCCUUAGCUAAAUUGGACAAUCUUGAAACUCUUUACCUUCACAACAAUCAACUCUCUGGACAAAUUCCACAAGAAAUUGGAAUGCUAAAGUCUCUCAUUGUUCUUGCUUUUUCAAAUAACAAUCUUACUGGUCCUAUUCCAACUUCUUUAACUGAAUUGGGCAACCUUGAAACUCUGUACCUUAGUGGUAAUGAACUCUCUGGAUCUAUUCCACAAGAAAUUGGAAUGCUAAAAUCUCUCAUUGAUCUUGAACUUUCAAAGAACAAGCUCACAGGUCCCAUUCCAACUUCUUUAGGAGAAUUGAGCAACCUUAAAACUCUUUACCUUUGGGGUAAUAAACUCUUUGGACCUAUUCCACAAGAAAUUGGAAUGCUAAAGUCUCUCACUAAUCUAGCUUUUUCAAAUAAUAGUCUUACUGGUCCUAUUCCAAUUUCUUUAGCUAAAUUGGACAAUCUUGAAACUCUUUACCUUCACAACAAUCAACUCUCUGGACAAAUUCCACAAGAAAUUGGAAUGUUGAAGUCUCUCAUUACUCUUGUACUUGCAAAUAACAGUCUCAUUGGUCCCAUUCCAACUUCUUUAGCUGAAUUGGGCAACCUUAAAACUCUUUACCUUAGUGGUAAUGAACUCUCUGGAUCUAUUCCACAAGAAAUUGGAAUGCUAAAGUCUCUUAUUGAUCUUGAACUUUCAAAGAACAAACUUACAGGUCCCAUUCCAACUUCUUUAGGAGAAUUGAGCAAACUCAAAAUUGUUUUCCUUUGGGGUAAUCAACUCUUUGGACCUAUUCCACAAGAAAUUGGAAUGUUAAGGUCUCUCACUGAUCUUGGUCUUUCAGAAAACAGUCUCACAGGGCCCAUUCCAAGUUCUUUAGCUAAAUUGGGCAAUCUUAAAACCCUUUACCUUUCUGACAAUCAACUUUCUGGACCUAUUCCAUAUGAAAUUGGAAUGCUAAAGUCUCUCAUUGUUCUUAAACUUUCAAAUAACUGUCUCAUAGGUCCCAUUCCAACUUCUUUGUUCGAAUUAGGCAACCUCAAAACUCUUUAUCUUGGUUCUAAUUUACUCUCAGGAUCUAUUCCUUAA